CUGCGACCGACUGACGUCGCCAAACGCGUCUUAGGACCACCCCCUGUGGGCGUGGCUUCAUGCUACGUUCCUGCCCUCCGUUCCAGUCUCCUUGACAAGAAGCAGGGCGGGUUCUGAGCUUUGGCGCCGAUAUAGCCCAAGACAAGCGCAGAUCCUUCCUAAGCAUGUCCAUUACUGUCUGCCAGUGACACUUCAGUGUGAUUCGGACAUGUCCACUAUGGAAGUACAUGUAAAGCCACAUGCGACAGCAGACCAAGAUGUGUGUUUGAAUGAUAUAUUUAUAACUUCCCCACAAGACAAAGAAGUAUUGGUACAAGAGCAGUCAAAAAUGAAUGUACCUUCUGAUCAACUUGGUGACAAAAAGGUUCAAGCGGAUAUCGCUCAGUGUGACGGUGAUUCUUUUACUACUUCCUCUACUGACCUGAAGCUGUGGUCAACCCAGAGGGACAGUGCUGUGCAGCUGCGGAUGGAAAAGUCUGGUGUGGCCAGUCUUCCUCCAAUAACCAUUCACCAGAUGUUUGAAGAGGCUGUUCAGAAAUACGGGGAUUAUGUUGCUCUUGCAUCCACAGAGGGAGAUCAAUGGGUUAAACUAACAUACAAGCAAUACUAUGAGCAAUGUAGAUUAGCUGCUAAAGGAUUCAUUAAGUUGGGUUUGGAGCAAUACCAUGGAGUGGGCAUUCUGGGGUUCAACUCUGCUGAGUGGUUCAUAGCUGAUAUAGGAGCUAUACUUGCUGGGGGAUUUUCUGUGGGCAUCUACACCACAAACUCAGCAGAUGCAUGUCAUUAUGUUGCAGAAAACUGUGAGGCUAACAUAUUGGUGGUAGAAAAUCACAAGCAGCUUCAAAAAAUUUUACAGGUUCAGGACCAGUUGCCUCAUUUGAAAGCAAUUAUACAGUACAAAGAAGAAUUAAAAGAGAAGCGACCCAACCUAUAUACAUGGGCUGAGUUCAUGGAGCUGGGAAAGGAUGUCCCAGAUGUGCAGCUGGACCAAUUGAUUUCUUCCCAGAAGCCUAACCAGUGCUGCACUCUGAUUUACACAUCGGGAACUACAGGGCAGCCUAAGGGAGUUAUGUUGAGCCAUGACAAUAUCACUUGGACAGCCACUGCAGCUGGAAGGACAGUUUGUCUCAGAGAGGCAACUGACCAACAAGAGAUAGUCGUCAGUUACUUGCCCCUUAGCCAUAUUGCUGCACAGAUGAUAGACAUCUGGUUGACUAUGAAGCAUGGUGGAGCCACUUAUUUUGCUCAGCCAGAUGCUUUGAAGGGGUCAUUGGCAAACACCCUAAAAGAAGUAAGACCAACUGCAUUUAUGGGUGUUCCUAGGGUGUGGGAGAAAAUGCAGGAGAAAAUGAAGGCUGUAGGAGCCAAAUCUUCCACCAUCAAACGCAAAGUGGCAUCUUGGGCAAAAGGUGUAGGCUUAGAGGCAAACUUGAAGAGGAUGAAUGGAGCCUCUCCCCAACCAGUAAAGUAUCAUGUUGCCAAAAAAUUGGUGUUUAAAAAAGUGCGCAAAGCUCUUGGCUUAGACCGCUGUACAAAAUGCUACACUGGAGCUGCUCCAAUUACAAAGGAUACUCUAGAAUUUUUCCUCAGCCUCAAUAUUCCUGUAUAUGAACUUUAUGGUAUGAGUGAAAGCUCUGGUCCUCACACUAUUUCUCUCCCAGAUGCCUUCAGAAUUACCAGUUGUGGAAAAGUAAUAUCUGGUUGCAAAACAAAAAUCUACCAGCCCGAUAGUGAUGGGAGUGGAGAAAUAUUAUUCUGGGGUCGACAUGUCUUUAUGGGUUACCUAAACAUGGAGGACAAAACACAGGAAUCCAUAGAUGAAGAAGGCUGGCUGCAUUCUGGAGACCUUGGCAAACAUGAUGACAAAGGAUUUUUAUUCAUUACUGGCAGAAUUAAAGAGCUCAUUAUUACAGCAGGAGGCGAAAAUAUCCCUCCUGUGCCCAUUGAGGAUGCCAUAAAGGAACACAUACCAAUAGUUAGUAAUGUCAUGGUAAUUGGAGACAAGAGAAAAUUUCUUUCCAUGCUUCUGACCCUGAAGUGCAAUGUGAACUCUGACACUGGAGAACCAGAAGAUGAACUGACUACUGAAGCCAUUGAGUUUUGCCAGAAAAUUGGCAGUAAAUCUACAAAGGUAUCUGAUAUAGUUGGACACAGAGACAAGCUGGUAUAUGCUGCUAUUCAUGAAGCUGUGAACUCUGUAAAUGAGAAAUCUACAUCAAAUGCACAAAAGGUCCAGAAGUGGAUAAUUCUUGAAAGGGAUUUUUCUAUUGCAGGAGGAGAACUAGGUCCCACUAUGAAACUGAAGCGACCAGUGGUUUCCAAAAUGUAUAAAGAAGAAAUCGACAGCUUUUAUCUGGAUGCUGUGACGCCUACUGAUGUCAUACCUUCAAAGUAGUGUUCUUUCAGUGUAGCCAUAAUCUAACUUGUCGUGUGGGUGUUUGGCUUUGUCUAAUAUCCCCACUCAUUGGGUCCAUCAGGAGUUCUGUUAUGAAUAAUUUUUUUUUAUUUUUUUUGCUUUACCAUAUAGAAACACUUAAUUCUGUGAUCACUGUCUUGCUCAUGGUUUAGUCAGUGGGGCCUAGAUGUUUUUGGAAGGAUAGAAUUGGUUUCUCAUGAGUGCCUCCUGAGUGCUGCUGAAAAUCUCCCUGAAUCACAUAGUCUUCUGGUUUGGCAGCAAUUCUAACAUUUUUAUCUCCAUACAUUGUAUGACCUUCCAGGAUUUAGGCACGUAUGUAUAUAAAUGCUAUAGAUUCUGUCAGCCUAAUGGAAUAACUGGAAGGCUUGUGAAUAUGAAGGAAAAUGAGCCAAAAACAAACUUUGAAUUCUAAACUUGCACACCAAAAAGCAGAAUGUCCUAUAUAACGGAAUAGAUGUAAGGUUUGAAUGUUUUAUGAACCUAAGGUUGAUGUAUAAAGUAAAUUAUUUAACUUUUUCAUCCUUUUUUGUAAUUUUUGUUUUUUCUUAUUGUAAAACAAAAUGCCGAAUAUUUGUAAAUGUUUAUGUAACUUGUAAAAUUUUUGCUUUAUGAAGUGUUUUGUGUUUUUUUUUUAAUUUAAAUUUUUUUUUUUUUUUUUUGCUUUAUUGGCACUAUAUAACUGCUGCCUAAUGCUUUGUAAAUUUAACAUACUGGUUUGGGGAAGUUCACAGUAAUUUAAGCCGCUACUGUUCAUGCAAAUGAUCUUCAUUGUGCUCUUUAUGGAAACAGUGAGGGGAUGAUCUACAGUUAGGUCUUCAAUGCAAAUGUUUUUGGGGGUAAAUAUAACAAGGAGGUUAUUCAAAGUAAAUUUGAAUAUCUGACACUUCGCACAACUUAUUUACUUAUUUGGGUGUUAGUGGUUACUGGGUUUAUAGUCUGCGGCAGAUAUGCACUAGCAAAGCACCAAGAUGAAGCAGACAUUCUGACCUGGGAGAGCUUUUUAGAGGACAAUACAAUUUCAGGAUGCCACUUUUUUAAAUUAUGCACUAGUCACACAGUGUGACGCUCUGUGACCAGCUUAGGACAGGUAUGCAAUACUAGUGUUUGAUCUUUGGAACAUGGUUAAUUGUUUAUUGAAUAAACAUUCUAUUUACAUCCAUA